CUCUCCUCAGUACCGCUGUGAAAGCUGUGAGCACCGCCUGUGAUAAACCUAGUCGAGUGAUCGUCAUCUUCAUCAUGACAAGUAAUUUCUAGUGUUUUUACUAACGGAUACCGUGUUUGUGUAUACGUAAAGCAGCAAAGAAAAUAUGGAGCAGUUCGAGUCACUUCUGACGUGCUGCGUCUGCCUAGACCGGUACAGGAAUCCAAAGCUGCUGCCAUGCCAGCACAGCUUUUGCAUGGAACCGUGUAUGGACGGCCUUGUCGACUACGUCAGACGACAGGUCAAAUGUCCAGAAUGCCGUGCAGAGCAUCGUAUUCCGUACCAAGGUGUACAAGGUUUCCCGACCAAUGUCACCUUGCAGCGGUUUCUAGAGCUACACGCUAACAUAGCAGGAGAGCUACCUGACCCCACAGCUGGGCAGGUGAUGGAAAGAUGCAAUGUUUGCUCAGAAAAGGCGUAUUGCGCGCCCUGCGCUCAUUGCGACAAGAAAGUCUGCGAAGACUGCAAAUCCGCGCACAUGGAAGUUCUCCGCAGAGAAAUCGCCAGGAUCAACAAUCAAAUACGUCGAGGAGUCAACAGGCUUCAAGAUAUUCUUUCAAUCGUCGAACGUAACACUACAAACCUGCAAACAAACUGCGCUGCAGUGGCAGGGGAGGUUGAUGAGAUCCACAAAAGACUAGCUAAAGCACUUAAAGAUAGAACUGAUUUCUUAAGGACUGAAGUUGAUCGUUAUCUAGCUACUGAACUUAGAAACCUCACACAUCUAAAAGAUAACCUCGAGCUAGAGUUAAGUAAUAUACAAAGUAAUUGUGAUCUUGCAGACAAGUACAUGAACGACGAUGUCGAAUGGGAAGACACUGAAUUAGUGGAUACCAAAGAAAUUUUCCUCAAAACGGUAGAGUUCUUAAGAAACUUCGAUUAUGAAGCUGGGGACUAUAACCGCAGGAUUAGGUUUGUUAUGACACACGAUCCUAACCAACUGGUCGUGCACGUUGCAAGCUACGGUGAACUUAAUAUUAACCAGCCUAACGCUUAUUCAGCAGCAUUACAACAAAACCAAGGACUUACCCGUUCCAAGAGUGAUCACCGUCUUGCAACACAGUUCCGUCAACAAGAAGAAUCUAAAGGCUACACUGAGAAUGACGAACCGGUCUUAGGUGGGCGUAAAUUUGGAGAACGGCGACCCCCACCACCCGAAAAAGUAAGGGACCCCUAUGGAGUAACGGAUGAUUACAGUGGCUAUGAAUCCGAACAUAGGCCUUCUAGAAGAUUCCGUUCAAGAUUUGUCAGGAGUCACCAAGAUAAUGAUUCUGAUACGGAACAACCUACUCGUACCGUAAAGGCAGAGCAAAAAGAAAAAGAAAAGGAGAAGGUCGCAGAUACUGAAGAUGCCACUCGGGGUCCACUUAGUGGGAUAUUCAGGCUUAGUGACUGUCCUCGUGUCAUGCAGAGGAUAAUGGAUGUGGACAGUGGUAAAAAAAAAAAGGAAAAAAAGGAACCACCUCCACCGCCGAAACCAGUGCAGCCAGCACCUCAGCCUCAGAGACGAGUUCCACCAGCGCAGAGGCAGCAGAGUGAAGAUGACGAGAUCUCCCGGCUAAAGAAGCAGAACAAGGGCGCGGCGUCUUCCCAAGAACCUGACCGAGCGCCCGCGCAGGAAGAACGCACCUCGAUCGCUCGUAAACCGCCCACACCAGCCCGGGAGGCUUCCAGCGACGGUGAAUCCGAUGAAUCCCUUGGAUCGCUGCAACGAACUCAGCGUAAAAAUGCUGCUCCAGCUCCUAAACCGGCACCGACACCUGUCAGGAGACCGUCAGCAACGGAAGCUACCGCCCAUCGCCCUGGAGGACGCGCACCUAGCACUGAGUCAAGCGCUUCGACAGAAAGUUCCGGCUCGGCGGUUAAACACACAGGCAACGAUAGAACAGCUCCGGCGACAACGAACGGAACGGUCGGUGGCGCGCAACGGGUCCAGAGCCGAUUCAUCGGCUCUCAGCGGCCCGCGCCCGCCCCGGCGCCCGCCGAGCCGGCCCAGGAGGACUCCGACACGAGCUCCGAGGAGGAGACCGACUCGUCAGAGGAGAGCGAAGAGGAGCCUGCGUCGCAAAGGAAGCCCGAGAGCCAGGCGAUAGCUCGCAGCGACAUCGGUCCGCUUCUCGCGCGAAGCACCAAUGCCCGCAACGACGCCCAAGACAAUAAGACCAAAGAGAGUCCUACCCCGUCUCGGUACCGUACACGUACAACGUCUCAAGCCGAGGAGGAGCCUAGGUACGGCGCCAGCGGUUCUUCGUACAGCAACCGUUACGGCACCACCAAGCCAAAAGAAGAAGAACCGGUAUCUUCCAUCGAUGAUGAAUCGAAGUACCCAACUGCGCGUUCGAGAUACCUUGCGCUGAAAGAGAGACGCAACCGUCUCGCGAGAAGCAAGAGCACUCACACCGGUUUUGGCAUGGGAGACGACGACGACGCAGAUGAACCGGUCUCGCCCACGACGGCGUCGCCAUCCGCGUAUCUCGCGGCUCGAUACGGCUCUGGCACCGGAGGUACAGAGUUGUCUCGUAGCCGAUCAUCGCACGCGCUAAAAUCUAGAGAAAGUUCGCCCGAGCGCCCACCGCCCGGCGAGAAAGACGGUGCGGCCUUGAGCUCAUGGGCCAGGUACCUGAAGAAUAAGUACGGAUCGCGGGGCAAGGAUCGCGACACGAGCGGCAGCGCGUCGAGCACGUCGCGCCGCCUGUCUCUCGGGCUGCCCUUACGUUCGGCUAACGAGCUUGCCAGUUCUGAUGACGUCAAAAACGCGGCAGGCUCCCCCAUCUCCCCUACGGCGGCUACAGCAGCGGUAGCAGGUUUCGCAGCAGCAGGUUCCUCCCCUAGGAGCCAGUAUCUGCAGAAACGCCGUUUACAAUUCAGCGUGGGGAGUCGGGGGAGCGAACCCGGUUGUUUUACUUGGCCUCGUGGUAUCGCUGUGGGCCCCGACAACACAAUGGUCGUGGCCGAUUCGUCAAACCACCGAGUGCAGGUGUUCGAUUCCAACGGCAUUUUCGUGAAAGAAUUCGGUCAGUACGGCAGCGGGGAGGGCGAGUUCGACUGUCUCGCCGGCGUCGCCGUCAACCGGAUUGGUCAAUACAUCAUCGCUGACCGAUACAACCACCGCAUACAGGUGUUCGACCCUCAAGGCCGGUUUCUGAGGGCAUUCGGCAGCCAGGGCACGGGAGACGGCAAGUUCAACUACCCGUGGGGCAUCACGACGGAUGCGCUGGGCUUCAUAUACGUGUGUGACAAGGAAAACCAUAGAGUUCAGGUGUUCCAAUCAGACGGCACAUUCGUCGGCAAGUUUGGCAGCUUCGGCUCCAAGCUUGGCCAGUUGGAGCAUCCCCACUACAUCGCCGUCUCCAGCACCAACAGAGUACUAGUGUCAGACUCUAACAACCAUAGGAUCCAGGUGUUUGAUGUCAACGGACGGGUGCUAUCGUCCUUUGGAGACGAGGGCUCUGAAGAUGGACAGUUUAAGUUCCCAAGGGGUGUCGCCGUUGAUGACCAAGGCUACAUAGUAGUAGCCGACUCCGGCAACAACCGAAUCCAGAUCUUCCACCCCGACGGAACCUUCCUCCGUGCCUUCGGUUCCUGGGGCUCCAGUGACGGAGAGUUCAAGGGUCUCGAAGGCAUCGCCGUCAUGAGCGGUGGAAAUAUCAUCGUGUGCGAUCGGGAGAACCAUAGGGUACAAGUGUUUUAAGGGUUUGAGGAGCCUUUUUAGUAAUUUAACUUUAAACUCCUUUGAGUAUUUGCUUCAAUUGGUGCCGUGACCAGGAUUGAAAAUUACCUUUUUUUAUGAACCUUAAGGUUUAUGGAGAUAUUAUAAAUCUUAGAAAUCUUUAUUUAAUGUUUAUGGGGAUAUUUGUUUUGGUUUUGAUUGUAACUAUAGUUGAGUUGGAAGCUCUAUUUUAUUGGUAAGUGUAUCAAAUUAUAUGAUACUUUGGUUUAUUUAUGUUUUAAAUCAAACUGUUUAGCUGGCAAGUGAUUUUAUAACUACAGCAAUUGAUAACCAGACUACUUUUGAUAUUUUUUUUUUACCGACGAGCAUUUUUUGAAGGAUAUUACUUUUAAGAAUAGUGUUGAAGAUUGAUUAAACAUUUAUAACUUAAAUAUGUAAUUACUGUCUUUCUAUAUAGCCAGAAAUUAAACAAAAUCGUAUGCUUUUUAUUCUUAAUUUUUUUGUUAUGACAAAAUAUAUCGUUUUCUGUAUUCUGAGCAUUAAUGAAUUAUGAGCUCUGAAUAAUUGUACCCUAUGGUUGUAUCAUUUAAACAUUUUGUUUUAUUAGUCAAAUUAUAUUUACUUGUAAAUAGUAAAAAAAAUAAUUAUAAUUAUAUCUAUUUUGCACCGCUUUACUAUCAUAUAUCUAUAAUAAAUUGU